GGGCGGGAGGAAGGACGGAAGGAAGAAGGGAAAAAACCCACGAGCGUUAAGCUCAGCAGAGAAACGAGGUGGGCCUCGUGAACGUCGUAGCAACAACGCUAGUCUGAGCAACCAUGAGAAGUCUGUGCUUCUUCCUAGCUGCUCUCUUCAUCCCGUGGGGUCUGUCUUCGGCGAAGUUUGAUGAAUUUGACGAUGGAGAUGACAUUGUGGAGUAUGAUGAUAAUGACUUUGCUGAGUUUGAAGAUGUGAUUGAAGAUCCUGCCACAGAAUCUCCCCAGCGGAUCGUUACAACAGAAGAUGACGAGGAGGAGGCCACUGUCGAGCUUGAAGGGCAAGAUGAAGGUCUUGACUUUGAAGAUGCCGAUGCACAGGAAAGUGAUACAGAGAGUGAGCCAUAUGAUGAUGAAGAGUUUGAAGGUUAUUAUGAGAAAUCGGAUGCAUCUCCUGGCAAAAAUAAGGAUCCUAUAACCAUUGUUGAUGUCCCUGCCCACCUCCAAAACAGUUGGGAGAGUUACUACAUGGAAAUUUUAAUGGUGACGGGUCUGCUUGCUUACAUCAUGAACUACAUCAUUGGGAAGAAUAAGAACAACCGUCUGGCUCAGGCCUGGUUCAAUAGUCAUCGGGAGCUGUUGGAAAGUAACUUUGCCCUCGUUGGGGAUGAUGGCACAAAUAAAGAACCCAUAAGUACAGGCAAGCUGAACCAAGAGAAUGAACAUAUUUAUAACCUCUGGUGCUCCGGAAGGGUGUGUUGUGAGGGCAUGCUUAUCCAGCUCAAGUUUCUCAAGAGACAAGAUUUGCUGAAUGUUCUUGCUCGUAUGAUGAGGCCGGCCUGUGACCAAGUGCAAAUAAAAGUGACGAUGAAUGAUGAUGAUAUGGAUACCUACGUGUUUGCUGUUGGGACAAGAAAAGCCUUGGUGCGGCUGCAGAAGGAAAUGCAGGACCUGAGUGAGUUCUGCAGCGAUAAACCCAAGACUGGGGCGAAGUAUGGGCUCCCCGAGUCAUUGGCUAUCCUAUCUGAGAUGGGUGAGGUCACAGAGGGAAUGAUGGAUACCAAAAUGAUCCAUUUCCUCACACAUUAUGCUGACAAGAUUGAGUCCGUCCAUUUCUCGGACCAGUUUUCUGGUCCAAAACUUAUGCAAGAAGAGGGUCAGCCUUUGAAACUGCCUGAAACUAAAAAGACACUAUUGUUUACUUUUAAUGUGCCUGGAUCAGGCAACACGUCCCCCAAAGACAUGGAAGCUCUGCUGCCUCUGAUGAACAUGGUUAUUUACUCCAUUGACAAAGCAAAGAAGUUCCGUCUGAAUAGAGAAGGCAAACAAAAAGCAGAUAAGAAUAGGGCACGGGUAGAGGAGAAUUUUCUGAAAUUGACUCAUGUGCAAAGACAAGAGGCUGCUCAGUCCCGCCGGGAAGAGAAGAAACGGGCAGAGAAAGAGAGGAUCAUGAAUGAGGAAGAUCCAGAGAAGCAGCGCCGUCUCGAGGAGGCUGCUUUGAGGCGUGAACAGAAGAAACUUGAGAAGAAGCAAAUGAAAAUGAAACAAAUCAAAGUGAAAGCCAUGUGAAAAACCAAGUUGCAAGAAACCUUCCUUGGUGCCAACCACAGAAUUGCGAUUUGCUGUCUACAAUGAACUAAUUAUAUUCCUGACCUUAAUCAUUGCCCAUUAAUAACUACUUUUGACACUAACCUUUGUUGCUCACGGGAUUAGGUUUGAAGUGUUUCUUUGCAUGUGUACCUGUGGUAAGGUUGUUAGAACACCAAGGAAAUGUUCCUGGAAAGGUUACAGGGGUAAUCAGUUCUGAUAUAACUCUUUCACAUUUAUGCAUGCAUUGGAAUGCUUCAAAAAUGAUCUCAUGAGCACCAAAAUUAUACUUCAGCCAGCAUCGAGAGACAGAUUCUUUGCAUAGGCACUCCCAAUAGGUGGGCUGCAAUCCUGAAACCAUUUCAGUCCCCUUUGGUCAAUGGGACUGUUAAUAAAUAUUUUCAAGGUUGCAUCUAUGUUCUGGUUUUAUGUAACAUGCAGAUAUGUAUAGAGAGAGCUUUGCAAUUGUCUUCUAUGUUGUUGGAUCGGUCCCCGUCCCCCCGUCCCCCCUCGCUUGCUUUGGUUAGUAUUGUAGAAAUUUGCAAUACUCCUUGGCAUCUUUUAACUUCUGGUUUGUUUGUUUUUAAAAAUUAUAUAACGUCUUAGAACGUGCCAGCAAUGCAUAAGCACUUUGAUUCUAUUUUGGGAAUGUGGAUAAAAUAAUUACAUUGGCCAAAAAAUUAAAACCGCCGCUGCCACCAAACCUGCACAGUACGAAUCUCUCUCCUUUCAUGAUUCGUGCAACCAGCAUAGCUAGACAUAAAACAACAACAGACAAACAAAAAACCAAACACAAAAUACAUAUGCUCUAGAUAAUUUAGGUUUUAAAUUACUUGAAGCUUGGAGGGUGGGAAGUUUUAUUCACCGUUUUUGCAACAGAAGGGUGCUAAGCCAGUGUUAUUUAAAAACAUAGAGUUCUUUAAACCACUUAGUCUAGUAUUAUUCUGGGACAAGGGGCUGCUGAGUAAUUUGGGGCAAAUGGAUUGGAAAUCAAUCUAUGGGCUACUAAUUGCAAAGGCUAUGGUAAGCCUGCAUACAGAUAAGUGUUUCUGUUAAAUCUUCACAGGAUCUGAACUUGCAAACAUAUGGAGGAGGAGGAGGAUGUAGAUGUAUAAGCAAGCAAUUGGAAAAAUGGCAGAUGCAAAUGAGUUUGCGUGCUGAUGGAUUAAUAAUAAUAAUAAUAAUAAUAAUAAUAAUAAUAAUAAUAAUAAUAAUGCUAGUUUAAAACAAUGUAAACCCUAUCUGUUAGGUUGCCCUGACAUAAAAUUUUCAGUGCAUUUGUGUGUGUGUGUGUGUGUGUGUGUGUGUGUGUGUGUGUAUAGGCUGAUGCAUGAAGAUCUCUGUUGGAUCAGACAUGUGGUUCCUCAUGUAUCACCCCAUUGCUGAAAGUCCUCUAAUUAUUCCCCACACAGCGGGCUUGUGUGUACUUGGUUUAUGCGUAUAGGUUUGCUGUAUCCCUUUCCCCAUGUAGAUGGUGUUUGCUGGUUCUGGGUAGGUGCAUAUGUUGGAUUUCUUUUCUUCUUCAGACAAAUGCCUAUGUGUUCUUAGCAGCUUUCUCUAAAUUUCAAUGUGUUCCCUUACUUAAAUCAUCUUUCUCUAUCUGUUUCUGUGGCUGCUGACUAUAUAACCAUUAACAAGGAGCUAGAGUCUAAAAUAACUCUGGAAUUAUUCCCCCAGCAAAGUAGAAGAAUUUCUAGAGGAGUAUAUCUUUUUGUAUCUGCUUAAAGUUAUUUACUAAGGAGUUUGUGUGUGCUGGGGAAACUGGGAACCGGAACUUCUCCCACUUUGCAGUCUUUAGGAAUUGCUGCAUUUUAUAAAUGCUCAUCCAGAUGGCAUUUGAUCAUUUGUGUAUAAUGGACACUUUCUGCAGUGGAUUUAAUGGGAAGAAACUUGAGGGUUAAAUUUCUUUCUUAAUGUAUUUUCUUGAUGAUGCUUUUAUCUGCAGAUAUCUCUGAUGCAAUAACAUUAAGCUGCUCUUUAAAAUGGCAUGUGCUAAAACCUAUUUGUCAGAGCAUGCAAAUGCACAGGUUCUUUCUGAAUGCAAAACCCUGCACUCUGAAAAGACAUUUGAAUUUAGUAAUUUUUAUAUAACUAUCAUUUAUGGUACUUUACAGCAGAAAUGGCAAUCCUAUGUGGGGUUCAAACUAUUUUGUCACUAGAUGUAGAAAGUAAAAUUGAAUAAAGAAUUGUUUCACAGAGGUCUUUUAAAGAAAAUGUAGAAGUUGUUUGUUAUGUAUUAGUUUAGUUAAAUGGGGGGGAUAUUAUUAA